CCCGCGCCGGGCCAUGGGGGCGCAAGUGAGGCUGCCGUCCGGGGAACCCUGCCGAGAAGGCUACAUACUAUCUCUGGUCUGCCAGAACUCCUCCCAGGCUUGGUGUGAGAUUACAAAUGUGUCGCAGCUGCUGGCUUCACCUGUCCUCUUCACGGACCUGAAUUCCAGCACAACCAACUUAAGCAUUACAGCAAAUGUACAGAAUGUGGAAAACAAAUACAGCCUCUACAUGGGCCUGGUCUUGGCAGUCGGCUCCAGUUUUUUUAUUGGCUGCAGCUUCAUACUGAAAAAGAAGGGCCUCUUGCAACUAGCCAGCAAGGGCAGUACGAGAGCUGGACAAGGUGGACACUCUUACCUGAAGGAAUGGCUGUGGUGGGCAGGACUGCUGUCAAUGGGAGCAGGAGAGGCUGCCAAUUUUGCUGCCUAUGCCUUUGCACCUGCCACCUUGGUCACGCCGCUGGGCGCGCUGAGUGUCCUUGUAAGCGCAAUAUUGUCUUCUUAUUUUUUGAACGAGCACUUGAACAUUCAUGGGAAAAUAGGCUGUAUCCUCAGUAUAUUGGGGUCCACUGUGAUGGUGAUCCAUGCCCCACAGGAAGAGGAAGUUGCUUCUCUGCUUGAGAUGGAAAUGAAAUUGAGAGACCCAGGAUUUAUUUCCUUUGCUGUGAUCAUAACUGUGAUCUCCUUGGUGCUGAUCGUGGUUGUGGCUCCCAAGAAGGGACAGACCAACAUCCUGGUCUACAUUUCAAUCUGUUCUUUGAUUGGGGCAUUCUCCGUGUCAUCUGUCAAGGGCCUGGGCAUUGCCAUUAAGGAGCUGCUGGAAUGGAAGCCAGUGUACGAGCGGCCUCUGGUCUUCAUUCUACUGGCAGUCCUCGUGCUUUCCGUGACCACCCAGAUCAAUUAUCUCAACAAGGCCCUGGAUACCUUCAACACGUCCCUUGUGACGCCCAUCUACUAUGUGUUCUUCACGUCCAUGGUGGUGACAUGCUCCGCCAUCUUGUUCCAAGAAUGGAACGGCAUGAGGGCUGGAGAUGUCAUCGGGACCCUAAGUGGGUUCCUCACCGUCAUCAAUGGCAUCUUCCUCCUACAUGCUUUCAAAAAUACUGACGUGGCCUGGAGUCAGCUGACAUCCACGAAGAAAGAAGCCCUCUCCCUGAAUGACAGUGAGAGCAGUUAUGUUUUACUGGAGAACAUGGAAUACUCGGCCCCAGGAUGCAAUGAGGACAUUACCUUGUUUAGCAGAACUGAUGAUGGAAGUCUCUAG